AUGAAGUAUGAUAAUAUUUACCAUAUAAAAAGCGCAUUUUAUUCCUAUAGACAGAGAGAGCUUCGUUUUCGCUAUCACUUACAUAGAGAUAGAGAUAGAGAGAGAGAGACAAUAGCUUGGUGCAAGGUGGUAGUGGUGGUGUCUCUGCUACUUGCUUGGCAAGAAACCGAAAUGGAGAAGUUUGGGAACUUGAACACUGAUAUUCACUUUGAUGUGCUCUCCCGAUUACCAACAAAAAAUUUGGCUGAGUUGAUGUUAGUUUCAAAAGGUUGGCACCAACUGAUAACUGAUCUGUCCUUUAUCAAAGUUCAGUCACAAAGAAUACAACUACUAUCAGGUUUCUUCUUCCAGCAGAGGUUCCAGUGGUGCCGGGAGGACAUUGAAACUAUCAAUUACAUUCCUGUGAAAUGGGAAGGAGGUGAAUUGUACAAAAAAGUCUUUGAUUUCCUCCCUCAGGACGUUGUUCUCUUGGCAUCCUGCAAUGGACUUUUUUGUUGUCGAAGUUGCUUUCCUUUUGAACAGCCAACUCUCUUUGUCUGCAAUCCCUUGAACAAGGAAUGGAUUAAGCUAGACUGGGCUGAACCUGGCAAAGAAAAAAACAUUGCUUUAGCAUUUGAUCCCUUUCACGAUUUUUCUGACAAUUCAACAAAUUUCAAACUGGUCAGAGUUUCACAAUCAGAGAAUGAGCAGGAAGAAUUGUACUUCUCAUUUGAUAUAUAUUCUUCAAAAACGAAGAGAUGGAAACUAUCAAAGGAGAUAUGUUGGUGCAACAGCAAUUUGUAUAAGAACAAAGGUGUUUUCAUUGGAGGGAUCUUACACUGGCUUACUGAUGCUGAUCAGAUCCUCACUUUCAAUGUUGACAACGAGUUAGCUUGGUUGAUUUCAGCACCACUUCCUGCUGUGGAAUUCAAUAGUGCCCCUGAGUCUUGCAUUGGAGAAUCUCAAGGCAGCUUACAUUAUAUAAUGGUCUCUGAAGAAGGACUUCAUGUAUGGUUUCUUGAGGAUUAUUUUGAUUUCACGUGGUCACUGAAGCACUGCAAAACACUUGCAGAGAUGGAACAGGAACACAGUCAGUUUUUCUACAACUUGGAGAGGAGAGUGAAGCUGCGGCGGACUGUUGACGAUAGCCCAUGGAUGGAUCCCCUAGCCUUCAAAGAUGGGGUCCUAUUGCUGAGAGUAUCAAACACUAUCUACUUGUAUCACAUUGAGAGGAGAAAAAUGGAUCAAGUCUGUGACAUUUCCAAGUUUGGUACGUAUUCCUUGUUUUGUCCUACUGUGCUUCCUUACUCGAUGAGCUUGGUCCCUUUGCUGAGUAAGGCAUAAUUCAAGUCUUUAUACCCUAACCCAUGAUUUUGACAUUGAAGUUGCAGAUGUGUAUUGCACGUUAACGCAUUUUUUUCCUUGUGUAUUUUGUUGGUGGCUUAAGUGAGAGACAUGAAUUUUCUCAAGCAAUA